AUGACCAUCUCCCCCUCCCCUAGUCCCAGUCCCAGUCCCAGUCCCAGUUCCAGUCCCAACAGCCAUCCUGAAAACCCCGCCGACGCCAUCCUCCGCGACACGCUCCACGGCGACAUCACGCUCCUCAAGCACGAACUUGUCCUGCAGCACCGCCGUCUCGCUGCCAUCCGUGCCUAUCUAUACAAGCGUCUGCCCAACGAGCCUUUUCUGGCGUGGUAUGGACAGAGCAGCAACGUUGGGCUGACGGAUCCUGUUGAUGUGGGAGAGCGGAUUGCUGAGCAGGAAGCAGGAGAGAAGAAUGGGCAUGAAGCUGAGGAUAAUAGGAGUAUGGGAGAAGAGGAGAAGAGGCAGGCUGGCGGUGGAGUUGUCGGGCAUGCAGAUCGAGAGUGGAGGGAGCAUCUGGUGAGGAAGUAUGCGGGGGAUGCGAGGAUGCUGGAUACGGAGGCUGGGUCCCCGAGUGGUCUGAAAGCGGGUGCUGCUUUGCCUGCUUCGGCGGUUGCUUCUCUGGGCUCGAGGGUUUCUGUGCGCGAUGCCGUGGACGACGAGGGGGCUGGAGGGAAGGGGGCGGGGAAGAAGAAGAAGGACUCUGUGGCUAGUCCGUUAGUGCUUAGGAGUGUCAAGGCGGCGCGGAGGGGGGGAGUGUGA